CUCUCUCUCUCUCUCUCUCUCUCUCUCUCUCUAAACGCACCAAAUCAAACCACCACCUUCAUCUCCUCCGCCGCCACAACCACCUCCUAACGCCAAAUAUUGCCGCAUUCUGCUACAAAACCUACAUUCUCAUAACGUUGUGCACACUGUGUCACAUUUUUCGUUGUUACAAUAUUUAUAACCCUAAUGCCUGCAUUACGAGUUGAUCAACUCAACCAGCUAAGAGACAUCUUUGCCAGAUUCGACAUGGAUUCUGACGGCAGCCUCACCAUCUUGGAGCUUGCUGCGCUCCUCCGCUCGCUCGGCCUUAAGCCCUCAGGGGACCAAAUCCACGUCCUCCUAGCCAACAUGGACGCAAACGGCAAUGGUUCCGUGGAGUUCGACGAGUUGGUCAGUGCCAUAUUGCCCGAUAUGAACGAGGAGAUUUUGGUAAACCAAGAGCAACUCUUGGAGGUUUUUCGCUCUUUUGAUCGUGACGGUAAUGGGUACAUAACUGCGGCAGAGCUGGCAGGGUCCAUGGCGAAAAUGGGACAACCGUUGACGUAUAAGGAGCUGACUGAGAUGAUCAAAGAGGCUGAUACGGAUGGAGAUGGUGUCAUUAGCUUCAAUGAAUUUGCUACAAUAAUGGCGAAAUCAGCAUCGAGUUUUCUAGGCCUUGCUCCCUCAUGACCUGAGGUUUGGAUAGAAAUCUGAUGAUACAUGCUAAGUUUUUUUGGCCUUGUAACAUGUUCAUCUCAAUUGAAUUUUCCAAGCAAACAAUGUAGAUUUUGAUAUGAUUUUGUUUAAUUUCUAACCACAAAACUAAAUAAUCAGAGUACUAUUUAUUUUCUUAAUACAUUUC